AUGGCUGCGUCGAAAGUGCCAUCUCUGAUCAAGGAGCUUGGACAGGGGACAAACUAUGACCGUAUCGAGGUCGCUAACCUUGCCGAUCGGCACUACCUAGGGCCUGAGCGAAUCCUGAGUCUUUACGGACCACUCCUGCAGGAUCCAUUGCGAAACUCAAAAGCGACGUUGAUAAUCUUGUUUCACGACGCUACUGCUGAGAUGCUUUUCGCCGAGCAUAUCCCAACGCCAGAGUCGACUCACAUUUGCGCCAGCUCCUGCCAAUGGAUCGAGAGGAGAUAUUUGGUGCUGGGCAUCACACUGGAGCAUUCCACACGUUUGCGAACGCUCACCGCUUUUUGA